AUGUGGGUUCUGUGGAAGGCCUUGCCUAUCACCGAGCCUGGGAUACACUGUACUGGACCAGCUCCACUACCUCAUCCAUCACCAGACACACCGUGGACCAGACUCGGCCCGGAGCCUUUGACAAGGAGGCUGUCAUCACCAUGUCAGAGGAUGACCAUCCACAUGUGCUCACCCUGGAUGAAUGCCAGAAUUUAAUGUUUUGGACCAACUGGAAUGAACAGCAUCCAAGUAUUAUGAGAUCUACCCUGACUGGGAAAAAUGCUCAAGUCGUGGUCAGUACAGACAUACUCACUCCCAAUGGCCUCACCAUUGACCACCGUGCAGAGAAACUUUAUUUCUCGGACGGCAGCCUAGGAAAAAUUGAAAGGUGCGAAUAUGAUGGGUCCCAGAGACAUGUGAUUGUAAAAUCGGGGCCAGGGACUUUCCUCAGUUUGGCUGUUUAUGACAAUUACAUCUUUUGGUCAGACUGGGGAAGAAGAGCUAUCCUGCGUUCCAACAAGUACACUGGAGGAGACACAAAAAUUCUCCGUUCUGACAUUCCACAUCAGCCUAUGGGAAUCAUAGCCGUUGCCAAUGACACCAAUAGCUGUGAACUUUCUCCGUGUGCGUUACUGAAUGGAGGUUGCCAUGACCUGUGCCUUUUAACUCCUAAUGGGAGAGUGAAUUGCUCCUGCAGGGGAGAUCGAAUAUUGGUAAAUGACAACCGAUGUGUGACUAAAAACUCCUCCUGCAACAUUUAUUCAGAGUUUGAAUGUGGAAAUGGAGAGUGUAUUGACUACCAACUUACCUGUGAUGGCAUUCCUCAUUGUAAGGAUAAAUCCGAUGAAAAACUGCUCUACUGUGAAAACAGAAGUUGUCGAAGAGGUUUCAAGCCCUGCUACAAUCGUCGCUGCGUUCCUCAUGGCAAGUUAUGUGAUGGUGAAAACGACUGUGGAGACAGCUCUGAUGAAUUGGAUUGUAAAGUUUCAACCUGUGCCACUGUUGAGUUCCGCUGUGCAGAUGGGACCUGCAUCCCGAGAUCAGCGCGGUGCAACCAGAAGGUGGAUUGUGCAGAUGCUUCCGAUGAGAAGAACUGCAAUAACACAGACUGUACACACUUCUAUAAACUUGGAGUAAAAACCACAGGGUUCAUAAGAUGUAAUUCUACCUCACUGUGUAUUCUGCCAACCUGGAUAUGUGAUGGCUCCAAUGACUGUGGAGACUAUUCAGAUGAAUUAAAAUGCCCAGUGCAAAACAAACACAAAUGUGAAGAAAAUUAUUUUGGUUGUCCUAGUGGAAGAUGCAUUUUGAAUUCCUGGAUAUGUGAUGGUCAGAAAGACUGUGAAGAUGGACUUGAUGAAUUACACUGCGAUUCUUCUUGUUCCUGGAACCAAUUUGCCUGUUCUGCACAAAAAUGCAUAUCCAAACACUGGGUGUGUGAUGGAGAGGAUGACUGCGGAGACGGACUGGAUGAAAGUGAUAGCAUUUGUGGUGCCAUCACCUGUGCGGCCGACAUGUUCAGUUGCCAGGGCUCCCACGCCUGUGUGCCGCGACACUGGCUGUGUGACGGUGAGCGGGACUGUCCGAAUGGAAGCGACGAGCUCUCCACGGCCGGCUGCGCUCCCAAUAAUACGUGUGAUGAGAAUGCUUUCAUGUGCCGUAAUAAAGUCUGUGUGCCCAAGCAGUUUGUUUGUGACCAUGACGAUGACUGUGGAGAUGGCUCUGAUGAGUCUCAGCAGUGUGAAUACCGACCAUGUAAUGCAGAAGAAUUCAGGUGUGCUGAUGGACGAUGUCUUUUACAUACGCAAUGGCAGUGUGAUGGAGACUUCGACUGCCCUGACCAUUCUGAUGAAGCACCUCUAAACCCAAAGUGCAAAAGUGCAGAACAGUCAUGCAACAGUUCAUUUUUUAUGUGCAGAAAUGGCAGGUGCAUUCCCAGUGGAGGUCUUUGUGACAAUAAGGAUGACUGUGGCGAUGGCUCAGAUGAGAAAAACUGCCACAUAAAUGAAUGUUUGAGUAAGAAAGUCAGUGGAUGUUCUCAAGACUGCCAGGACCUCCCAGCUGGUUACAAGUGCAAAUGCUGGCCUGGAUUCCAACUGAAGGAUGACGGUAAAACGUGUGUAGACGUUGAUGAAUGCUCUACGGGCUUUCCGUGUAGCCAGCGGUGCAUCAAUACAUAUGGGACCUACCAGUGCCUCUGUACAGAGGGCUAUGAAAUACAACCUGAUAACCCAAAUGGCUGCAAAUCACUUUCAGAUGAAGAACCUUUUUUAAUUCUUGCUGAUCAUCACGAGAUAAGAAAAAUUAGCACCGAUGGUUCCAACUACACCCUUUUAAAACAGGGAUUAAACAAUGUUAUUGCUGUAGACUUUGAUUACAGAGAAGAAUUCAUCUACUGGAUUGAUUCCAGCCGACCCAAUGGCAGCCGCAUAAAUAGAAUGUGUUUAAAUGGAAGUGACAUUAAGGUAGUGCAUAACACAGCUGUCCCCAAUGCACUUGCUGUUGAUUGGAUUGGAAAAAACCUCUAUUGGUCUGACACAGAGAAAAGGAUCAUUGAAGUAUCCAAAGUCAAUGGCUUAUACCCUACUAUACUCGUUAGCAAAAAGCUGAAGUUUCCCAGGGACCUGUCUUUAGAUCCACGAGCUGGGUAUUUGUAUUGGAUUGACUGCUGUGAGUAUCCGCACAUUGGCCGGGUUGGAAUGGAUGGAACCAAUCAGAGUGUUGUCAUAGACACCAGGAUUUCCAGACCUAUGGCACUGACUAUAGAUUAUGUCAACCAUAGACUCUACUGGGCUGAUGAGAAUCACAUUGAAUUUAGCAACAUGGAUGGAUCUCAUAGACAUAAAGUCCCUAAUCAAGACAUUCCAGGGGUGAUUGCACUAACAUUGUUUGAAGACUACAUCUACUGGACUGAUGGGAAAACCAAGUCACUCAGCCGUGCCCAUAAAACCUCGGGAGCAGACAGACUCUCACUGAUUAACUCAUGGCAUGCCAUCACAGAUAUCCAGGUGUAUCAUUCUUAUAGACAACCCGAUGUUUCCAAACAUCUCUGUAUGAUAAAUAAUGGAGGUUGCAGUCAUCUCUGCCUUUUGGCCCCUGGAAGGACUCAUUCCUGUGCAUGUCCCACCAACUUCUAUCUUGCAGUUGAUAACAGGACUUGCUUAUCCAACUGCACAGCCAGUCAGUUUCGCUGCAAAACUGAUAAAUGUAUUCCAUUCUGGUGGAAAUGUGACACCGUGGACGACUGUGGUGAUGGAUCUGAUGAGCCUGAUGAUUGUCCUGAAUUUAAAUGUCAGCCAGGCCGAUUUCAGUGUGGAACGGGGCUCUGCGCUCUGCCUGCUUUCAUCUGUGAUGGAGAGAAUGACUGCGGAGACAAUUCUGAUGAACUCAACUGUGAUACACAUGUCUGCCUCUCAGGUCAGUUCAAGUGUACCAAGAAUCAGAAAUGUAUCCCAGUAAACCUCAGAUGUAAUGGCCAAGAUGACUGUGGCGAUGAGGAAGAUGAAAAGGACUGCCCUGAAAACAGCUGUUCUCCAGACUAUUUUCAAUGUAAAACUACCAAGCAUUGCAUUUCCAAGCUGUGGGUUUGUGAUGAGGAUCCGGACUGUGCAGACGCAUCAGACGAAGCCAACUGUGAUAAGAAAACUUGUGGACCCCAUGAAUUCCAGUGUAAAAACAACAACUGUAUUCCAGAUCACUGGCGGUGUGAUGGCCAAAAUGACUGCAGUGAUAAUUCAGACGAAGAAAACUGUA